GGCAGAGUCACGUGGUAUAACUUUCCGAACCUGUGUGUGUUUUCCGAAAAAAAUGUCGAGAAAUAAAAACCUUCGGAUAGGGGAAAAGGCUGUCGGAUUCACCUACUGUACAUGAAAUAAAGUCCCCACUGAACUCAAGACCAAUGUAAGUCUUGCUCAGUGCCUGCGUGUGAAAGGGAUAAUUGCAUUCUCUGCAGAGGACUCCACUGGACACUGCGUGCAGAAAAUGCCCCACAAUGGCGAAGUGCCCAACGGCUCGCUCCCGAGUCUUCACAGCUUGAAUUAUCGCACAACGUCUGAGCAGUCUUUAAGCUUUGAACCCCUCCCACCUCCUCCACUACCAGACCAUCCACCCGUGGGCCCAGAGUUUGACCCCAGCGGAAGUGAUUCGGCCAUCGACAUCAAACCCGUCCACCGUUUCAUCCCAGACUCAUGGAAGAACUUCUUCAGCUCGAGCAGUGGAAGCAGCAAGUUGAAAUCCAUGCUUGGGUCAAGUAACAAGAACUCCACCACUGAGGGCCUCCGCUGCUCUCCGCCGCACUCUCCGAAGGUUCCCGGCUCGUACCGCGAUCCGUAUGGUGGAUCCGGGGGCAGUUACAACUCCCGCAAGGAGCAUGAAGCCAUUCUGUUGGGCGACCCGGUGGAAUCGAUGGACGGCCGUACGGUAGGCACGGCUUUGACGUACACAGAGAGAGUGGAGGAGUACAACCUGCGCUACGCUUAUAUGAAGUCCUGGGCGGGUCUUUUGCGCAUUCUGGGUUGUGUGGAGCUGCUUCUGGGGGCGGCGAUCUUUGCCUGCGUUUGCGCUUACAUUCACAAAGACAAUGAGUGGUUCAACAUGUUUGGAUACUCGCAGCCUGGUGGAUUUUAUGGGGGAGCUUACGGAGGUUCUUACGGGGGAGGCUAUGGAGGCAGUUACGCCAACUACACUGGACCCAAGACGCCAUUUAUUCUUGUGGUAACAGGCCUGGCGUGGAUUGUGACAGUCAUCAUUCUAAUCCUGGGAAUGACUAUGUACUACCAAACUAUCCUGUUGGAUUCAACAUGGUGGCCUUUAACAGAAUUCUUCAUAAACCUGGCUCUCGCGCUUCUGUUUUUGGCGGCCGCUUGCGUGUACGUGAAUGACACCACACGAGGUGGCCUGUGUUACCAACCGUAUUUCAAUAACGGCAUAAACGGCCCGUUCUGUCGCACGGAAGCUGGACAGACGGCCGCCAUGAUCUUCCUAUUUUUCACCAUGAUUGUUUACUUGGUUGGAGCCAUUGUGUGUCUGAAACUGUGGCGACAGGAGGCAGCUCGGAGACUUAAAGAGCGCCACGGGCAAGAGAUGCAACCCAGAGAUUCUCCAGCUGCAGUGCCUUUGGCUGUUGAUGGAUCAUGGGAGCCUGUGUCUGUUUCAGCACCAGUACAGCAGGUAUCCAUGGCUGCCCCGGGUACCUCCAGGCCCAAAAUUGUGAAAGGACACAUUCCAGCUGGACAAGCUCCCAAACCUGUGAUCAUGCCAGACUACAUUGCGAAAUAUCCAGCCAUCCGCAACGAUGACCAGCGAGACCAGUUUAAAGCCGUCUUUAAUGACCAGUAUUCUGAGUAUAAAGAACUUCAUGUGGAAGUCCAAGCGAUACUGAAGAAGUUUGAUGAAAUGGAUAUCAUGAUGCGAAGUUUACCUCAACACCCUACGAAUCAGAUGGAGCGUGAGCGCAUUAACAAAAUUCUUCAGGAGUACCAGAGGAAGAAGCUGGAUCAUUCAUUUUUAGAGAAGAAGGAGAGAUGCGAAUACCUGAAGAACAAACUGUCCCACAUCAAGCAAAGAAUUCACGAAUAUGACAAAGUGAUGGGCUGGAACGAUGUCAAAAUAAGCUAUUUUAAACUAGGCAUUUCAUUGAAUAUGCUGGAGCUCAAACUCCGGCUGGGUUUGGAACCUGUGGAACCAUCUAGUGAGGUGGCUGUGGAGGUUCUUAAAGCUCUUUUGGUGGCUUUGGAGAUUAUUGGGGUUCUUACGGUGGCUUUUGAGGAACCGGCUGUGGAAUGUGAGAUUAUGGAAGCUUUGGUUACGUGGGCGGGGUUUAGUUAUUUAAGGGCGGGUUGUUUGUUUCACCUGAGCACUGAGCAGCAGGUCGCUGUCGCACCCAUAUCGCUCGAGCGCGACAACAGCAUGUCUUUUCAACCGAUUGGGAGUCCGCCGCCCUAUGACUCUGAACAGGGUGGAAAUGAAUUUAAUGCUGUACCCCAGCCCGCGUUCUCUUACUACCCCGAUGAUGAAUUCCAGCACUUCUAUCGGAUGACAUCCCCGCCGGGCAUCAUUAAAAUCAUGUGUGUCCUGUCUAUCAUCUGUUGCGUGGGCAUCUUCGUGUGUGUAGCCUCGACUCUGGCCUGGGACACGGAUCCAGGAGCUGCAGGGUUCGGAUCCUACGGAGGCUCAUAUGGAGGUGGCUAUGGGGGAAUGGGAGGUGGCUAUGGGGGAACGGGAGGUGGCUAUGGGGGAAUGGGAGGCUACGGAGGAGGCUAUGGUCUCCUCGGCUCACAUAACGACCCCAGGCAAGGAAAAGGUUUCAUGAUGGCAAUGGGCAUCAUCACCUUCAUCGCUCUCCUCGUCAUGUUCAUCAUGAUCAUCUCGCAUCAAAAGACGGCUCAGAGCAGAAAGUUCUUCUUGGCCAUUAUAAUCUCCAGUGCCAUCCUGGCGUUCUUAACGUUGAUCGCCACAAUAGUUUAUAUCGUCACUGUGUACCCAAUGGCCCAGUCGUCUGGUUCGAUGAUGUACAAUCAAGUGUACGCCAUGUGUUCCUCUUUCCAGCAACCUCAGUCUGGAAUGUUUGUGAAUCAGUAUCUGUAUCAUUUCUGUGUUGUGGAUCCUCAGGAGGCCAUCGCUAUCGUUUUGGGGUUCAUCGUCGUCGCCGCUCUCGUUAUCAUCAUGGUGUUUGCCAUUAAAACCCGUAUGCGGAUCAAUUCUCACGGCAAACAUAACAUCUUGUGGCGUCGCGUGAAGGAGAUCGAAGACCACAACUCUCCCCCAGAUGUGGAGGACUGGGUAAAUAAUGUAAAUGAAGCUCCUGGUCCAAUGUUGACUGAAUAUCCAACAAAAUAUGGUGGCUCUAGAAUGGACCUCGAUGACAACAGCACAACUUAUGACAAACCUCCUUACAGUGAAAGUCCUCCGCCGAUGGAGCACGCUCUCCCCAUCCGCAGUCCAUAUCCUCUCAGCAGCGACUCGGACAGGAUCAGUUCUGCUGGCCAGCCUAAGAAACGACGGGCUCUCCGUCCACGGACCGGAGAUGGACGAGACCGCGAUGCAGACUACGCCUCCUCAGGAGAUGAGCUGGAUGAUGAUGACUUCUCCAGCGAGUUCCCUCCCAUUGUAAAUAAUGAAGAAAGAGAGGAAUACAAGCAUCUGUUUGACAAAGACCAUCAGGAGUACCGCGAACUUCAGGGAGAGCUGGACCAGAUCAACAAGCGUUUGGCUGAGGUGGACCGUGAACUUGAUGACCUUGAGGAGGGCAGUCCACAGUUCCUGGACGCCACAGACGAAUACAACGUCCUGAAAGACCUAAAGAGGAGCAGUGAUUACCAGGUGAAGAAGAGAAGGUGUAAAUACCUGAAGGCCAAAUUAAACCACAUCAAAAAGAUGGUGAGCGAUUAUGAUCGGAGAGCUUAAAGAUGAUCGAGAAACUAUGGGAAAGAUCAUGCUAAAGAAAGAACGGGAACGUUUUUCCUGAUGUACUGGUGUCUGUCCGGACGUGUGAGCCGAUGUCGUGGUUACUGAGAUGCUUUCUGGAAAUGGAUUAUUUUGUAGAUAUUCAAAGGUACCAGCUCAUAUUAACAAAUGCAAUAUUUCUCAGAAUUCGCCACGAAAGGCCUUAAAAGUCAGAUUGAGCUAACAGUUAACACCUCACCUGUAUGUUUUUUUAGUCUGUGCAUUUGUGUGUUUAAAGUAGCCGUUUAAUAUUUUUAAAGUAGAUUUAAUAGAAGCGUGUGUCAGUACAUAAAUAUUUUUGUUUAGAAUGAAUUCAAAGGUUUCUCAGAGGGAACAACAGUGCCAAGUUCUUUUUAGUGGCGGGUGUUUUAUAACUCUUGAUAAACAUUUAAGUUUGUUAUUUAUCAAACUGUGAUUGGUAACCUGUUACAGGAUACUGAAUAAAACUAACCGUAUGUACUUUUUAAGAUGUACUUGUGCCAUUUUAGAUUAAGCUUCUACUGAUAUGUAAAUAUAAUUUAAAUGUUUGACAUUUUAAUCCUUUUUAUUGUUUUGAAAACUAUGAAUAAAACCCAUUUUUAAAGCCAUAAAUAAAUGUAGCACUGAAUUUCUCAUCCACAAAACGUUAUA